CCUCCGCAUUAAGCCCUUCACCCCACCUUUGAAUAGCUCCUCUUUCUCUCUCUCUCCCCACUUCAUUAGUUACAUAUAUUCACUAGUUUUUAAGAAUCCACGAUCCAUUUCAUCCCAUGGCCACUGCUGAGGUUGAGGCUCCUGUUGCACCAGUCGCAGAGUUGAGCAAUGCUGCGGAGGAAGUCGUUGUGGAGAAGGUGGUAGAAGUUGCUGCGGUCGAGUCGGUUGCUAGCGAGGAGACACCAGAGGAAGUCGCAACAGAAGCUUCGGAGUCUGAGGCAGCCAAGGAGGAAGAAACAGAACAGGUUGAGAAGGUAGAAGAGGCCGCACCAGCCGUGGAAGCGCCAGCAGCAGCAGCAGCAACAGAGGCAGAACCGGAAGCACCGGCUGUUGAAGAAAAAGAACCCGAGGCAGCAGCCGUCGAAGAAAAACUAGCAGCAGAAGAAGUGGCCUCAGAGGCAGCAACCCCAUCAAGUGAGACAGCAGAGGAGGAGGUAAAAGUUGUUGAGGAAGCCCCAGCACAGGAAGACAAGGAAGAGGAUACAAAGGCCUCAGAGUAAUGGAAAUGGGUGGGGCGAUGGAAUCCUUUGCAGUGUUUCCUGUUCCUUGGAUGAUAGUCUCAAAUAUUUAUUUAUUUAAAGUAGGCAUGUUGAGAAAACUACCUGCGUGAUUUCAGUGUUGAUGGGAGAUGUUUGUUUAUUUUUAUUUAUCUAUAUUAUGGAUUGAUUGGUAUGUUAUUGUAGGCUUUUUCUUAGAAUGAGUUGUUAUUUGUGACAA